AUGAGCAUGCUGCGCCGCGAGUUUGGCAUUGCCGAGCCCAUCCGCCGCGGCAUGGAAGUGCGCAUUUGCCAGGAGGGAGAGUGGAGGCCUGCGGUCCUUGGGUACAAGGGGGAAGGUGUUCAUGAGGAGAUUUUGAGUGGAAGGGAUAGCAGUGUUGAUUGGGAGGAUGUGUUUAAUGGUGAGUUUUGUUGCAGAGGGAAGUGCGAGGAAGGGAAGGCUAAUGAUGGUGAUACAGGCAACGAGACACAGAAUGCGCCCGACUUCCACUCGGAGAUGGAGAACAGACUCAAGAUGAACUGGUAG